UCUUGAAGACUUGUGUGGGGGAAAUAGAGAUACAACAAAUAUAUAAAAGGAACCGCGUGGCGUGGAAAGUACGGCUCGGAUCAGCAGACGUUUCCUCUGUUUCGAUAAAAAGGGCGGAACUAUUUAUGCAGCCGACACACGUCGUGAUCUUUCGAUUAUAAAUCGCAAUCUGAGAAAUUUCAAUAUCAAAUCAAAUCUCUUCCUUCGUUUCUAAGCAAAAUUUCGGAGAAUCAGAAAACCCUUAAGCUUCUUUGGUAAGCUCCUCUUCAAUCGUUAGAUCUUUUGUUUAGAAUUCUUGUUUUGUUUUCUGGCUUUUACGUGUUAUAUGAAAAUCUUUAUGCUGAUCAGCAUUCAAAUACAGUCUCGUAUGUCCAUGUAUAAAUGUUUCUUCGGAUCUGAAACAGCGAAUCUAGUUACAGAAAUUGAAGUAGUUUGCUAAUGGGGUUUUAAAACCCUAGAAAUCAGUGUUAUUAAUAUUUAAAAAUAAUCUUGAUUCCUUUUGUUUGUCCGAGAUGACUAUGUGAGGUGAUGAGAACGAAUCUUGAGUAUGUAUGCAUGUUUUUACCGAUUUGCGUCUUCAAUAUUUCUCUUUUGAAGCUAGUGUUUGAUUACUCUUGAGGAAAACAAAUUGGAGAAAAAAAUGGGAGAGGAUCAGAAUAAUCACAAUGACAAAGGAAUCUUUCACCACUUAGCUGGAUUUGCUGCCGGACACUACCCACCUCACGGUAAUCAUGGUUAUGGUCAUCACGGUUAUGGAGCUCCUCAUCCAUACCCUCCUCCCCCUCCUCCUCAUGGCUAUCCACCAGCUGCUUAUCCUCCACACGGUGGUUACCCUCCAGCCGGUUAUCCUCCAGCUGGUUACCCUCCAGCCGGUUACCCUCCAGCUGGUUAUCCACCUCACGGUUAUCCCGGUCCAUCUCACUCUGGACACCACCACGGAGGUAUGGGAGCGAUGCUAGCGGGUGGAGCGGCUAUGGCAGCUGCAGCAGCUGGUGCUCACCAUAUGUCUCACCACGGACACUAUGGUCACCACCAUGGUCACGGCUUUAGCCACGGGUAUCAUGGACACGGUAAGUUCAAACACGGCAAGUUCAAGCACGGGAAAUUCGGGAAGCAUGGCAUGUUUGGUGGGAAGCACAAGGGGAAAUUCUUCAAAAAAUGGAAGUGAUUGUUUUCCAAAAGAUUAAUCAUAUUCAGAGUUUUUUUUUUGUCAAACUCAGAGACUAUAUCUACAUUAUCAUUUUGUAAUAACAACAAAUAUUGACGUCUCUGAGGAAGUUACAUGGUUAUUUGUGAGCCUUAACUUUUAAGAGCUUAAACAGUAAUGAUCGUUCUUGGUUUGGUUUGGUUUGGUUUGGUUUAAAGAAGCUUUUCUUUUGUUUA